CCAACGUUAAAACGUGGUUGAAACUAAAACAGAAACAGAAACAACUGCAACUGAUAAGGCAACAUCAGAAACAAUGUCACUCUCCACCACAACUUCUCACCUCACCAUUCUUCCUUCACUUCCUUCAACUUCACCACUUUCUCUCAGAUUUUCCUUCACUUUCCAACCAAAAACUAACCAAAAAACUUGUCUCAAAACUCUCUUGUCUUCUUCAACAAGGCAUGCUAGAUUCUUGGUGAAGUCUCAAUCUACUACUGCUUCAUCUGAGGCUGUGAAAGUGACACAAGUUCCUUCUGAAAUGAAGGCUUGGGUGUAUGGAGAAUAUGGAGGUGUUGAUGUUUUGAAAUUUGACUCCAAUGUUGCUGUACCUGAUGUUAAGGAAGAUCAGGUUCUUGUUAAAGUUGUUGCAGCUGCUCUUAACCCUGUUGAUGGUAAAAGAAGGCAGGGAAAGUUUAAGGCUACAGAUUCUCCGCUUCCGACUGUUCCUGGCUAUGAUGUUGCUGGGGUUGUAGUGAAGGUUGGCAGUGAAGUAAAGGACUUCAAAGUUGGUGAUGAAGUGUAUGGUGAUGUAAAUGAGAAAGCAUUAGAAGGGCCUAACCAAUUUGGGUCUUUGGCUGAGUACACAGCGGUCGAGGAGAAAUUGUUGGCACUAAAACCUACAAAUUUGGACUUUGCUCAAGCUGCUUCUCUACCUCUUGCUAUUGAGACUGCUUAUGAAGGUUUGGAGAGGACUGGAUUUUCUUCUGGUAAAUCUAUUCUUGUUCUCAAUGGUUCUGGUGGAGUUGGAAGCCUAGUGAUUCAGCUAGCUAAACAAGUUUUUGGAGCUUCAAGAGUUGCUGCUACUUCAAGCACUAGACAUUUGGAGCUACUGAAAAGUCUUGGAGCUGAUUUGGCUAUUGACUACACAAAGGAGAACUUUGAAGACUUGCCAGAAAAAUUUGAUGUAGUUUAUGAUGCCAUUGGGCAAUGUGACAGAGCAGUGAAGGCAAUAAAAGAAGGUGGCAGUGUAGUAGCACUAACGGGAGCUGUUACACCACCUGGAUUCAGAUUUGUAGUGACUUCCAAUGGAGCUGUUUUGAAGAAACUAAACCCUUAUUUAGAGAGUGGAAAGGUGAAGCCAAUUAUUGAUCCCAAAGGUCCAUUCCCUUUUGAUCAGGUUGCUGAAGCUUUCUCUUACAUUGAAACAAACAAAGCUACUGGAAAGGUUGUUGUAUUCCCCAUCCCAUGAAUCAAAUCAAAAUUAUAGGCAAUUUUGUUAUGUAUGUAUCUAGUUAUGUUCACAUCCAUUGAGUAAAUAAGAGUUCUGAUAACAGCAAAAAAAAUUAUACUCAGUACUUUAUUGUCA